AUGGCGCAAAAAGCCAAGAGCGACCUUGGCCCCUACGACGAAUUGGUAGCCCAGUUUCAACGCGGCGCUAAUACAUGCUCACAACCUUCUUCUGCAUUGCAGCUCCAAUCAUGGCUAUUGGCGCUAUCGCAUGUUGCGCCGUCAUUAGACAGGUCAUGUGCGUCUUUGGUGGAUGCGGUGAUUGAGCUCCCGUGGCUGGCCAUGCCCCAGGAUGUUGCAGAUGUAUGGAUGCGGCUUAUAUUGUCGGUUGUAAGCGCUCGCAGCGAGUGGAUCACCAAAGUCGUCACGCUCCUCUUCCGGAGUUUUGGCCUACACUCGGAGUGGUACAAACAACUUGGCGAGCGUUACUUCGAUCAAGCAGCGACACACAUUACACAUCGUCAAGUGUAUGACCGCUUGCACACACUUCUGUCACAUUUACUACGGCUUAUUCCUACUCUUCCUUCUACGCUGCAGCCAACCCUCAUCCAAAAUUUUCCGCAUAAGCGGGAUCGUACAUUGACCCAGGUGCUUUACAUUCGUAACCUUUUGCGUGUGACAGAGUACUGCGAGGCGCUUACUGAACCUAUUUGGUCCGCGGUGAUCGACCAUGCUUUACAAGUCGAUGUAGGGAUUCAAGUGGAGUUGGACGAGCUAGAAGAAAAAGGACUGGAGCCUACGGAUACAGUCAACCUUGCAGAUGUAUUGGACAGAGAUGUGCACGAAAUUAAUGGGGAGGAAGAGCAGUCUUUGGCUACGUCGCCAGGCGAAGAUCCGAAAGAUGGGUCAGGUUCCGACCUCGACAUGCUCGAAAAUCUUUCCGAUGAAGAUGGCUACGACGCCUCUGACUCCUUGAAUACUGUCGCGAUCAAGGAGGAGCCAGCUUGGAGCGAAAUUGCAGUGCUUUCUGGUAAACUGGACGCUAUUAUGAAAACCGUCUUUGACUUUCUGAGCCACUGGGUAGGACACAAGCAACGUUCCAGCACGGCAGAUGUGCGGUGCUACCAAUUGUUUCAGACGCUCCUGGGGAUAUUUGCGCGCUCUAUAUUGACGACUUUCAAGUCGCGCCAUGUCCAGUUUAUUCUAUUUUGGUACUCCUCGCUGGAUCCCGAAUUUACCGACAUGUUUCUCGGCACGCUCCUUAGCAAGAGUCUGUAUGUGAUGCCCGGCGCAGGAAAUGCGAAUGCAGCAAAUGUUGCGUCUGCAUCGAUCUUGCGUGCUGGGGCUGCUGGUUACGUUGCGAGCUAUGUGGCGCGUGCCAAGUUUGUCGAUGGAUCUACCACGCGUAUGGUGGUGUUGAAUUUGUGUACCUAUAUGGAUGCAUGCCUCGAGUCUUUUACUAGUUUAGGUGCAAACGCACCUCCACCGGGCGCGAGGGACCACACCAUCUUUUACGCGGUUGCUCAAGCUGUGUUUUACAUCUUCUGUUUCCGCUGGCGCGAUUUGCGUGAUGGGGGCACUUUGGCACAUGACUCUUCUCUCGUCCCGCAUAGCGACGAGGAUAGUGCGCAUUCGCUUGCGGCUACCUAUCCUGCGGCGUAUUCAUUCGAGCUGUCGCCGCAGCUUUUGCCUUCCUUGGGCGGCACUGGUGUCUCAUUUGCCUCGGUCUCGUCGAACCACUCUGGUGCGAAUGUGCCUAUAUCCGGCUGGUCGCUCGGCCUGGCUGUGGUGCAGCGUGCAAUUACGUCUCCUUUGAAUCCAUUGCGCUAUUGCAAUGUAAACGUGGUGCAUCAAUUUGCAUACGUGGCCCAGUAUACGGGAUUCUUGUACUGCUACUCUAUUUUGGACACAAACGUUCGUCGCAGCGCAAAGGAAGCCUCGACAUGUGCGCCUAAUACGCCGCUCCAUGAGCAAAAUGGCGUGAAUUCUUCCACGCGAGAGUCGACACCCGUCGCUCAUUCAAAACGGCUUCAUCUAAUUGCCGGUGCGAGCGAUACACCCGCACCGAUCGCUGCCAAAAGUAUGGACGUUUUCUUCCCUUUCGACCCGUACCGCCUUCCCAGAUCGAACGCUUACACUGAGCCGGUCUACCGCGAAUGGUCUGAGGUUGCACCCGACGGCGAAGAAGACGAUGAAGAGCAGGAUGCGGAUGAGGACGUGGAAGAGUUGCAACGCGCGGAUGUGGGCGACGAUUCGGACGAGUGUGAUGGACCCAUUGCCGAUAUCGCGCAUGCACGCCGUGCCAAGCUCAGUGCAUUUGUGCCAAGAUGCAGUGCGUCGCGCCUGGCCGCAUUUCCUUCUUCAUCCGACCCAAGCAUUACGCCGGAGUUUGUGGCACAAAGUCUAGAAACGAUGAGCAUUAGCCCAUACAAUGGUUAA